AAUGUGACACUUGACAGCUUAUGUCAUAACUACAUUAUUUACUUUUUUGAAUUAGUUUAAAAUUAAAAUAAUGAAACCUGCUAUAGUAGCCGAUGAAAUGUUUCCAGAAGGAGCUGGGCCGUAUAUGGACCUAGAGGAAGCUGGAGGAUCUUCUGGUUUGUUGAUGGAUUUAACUGCAAAUGAAAAGGCUGUGCAUGCUGAUUUUUUUAAUGAUUUUGAAGAUCUUUAUGAUGAUGAGGAUUUGCAGUAGGUAAUUUCUAUAUUUAUCAGGUUGAAAAUAAAUUAAUUUGACAAA